AUGUCUACAUUUAAAAAAGCUGUUACCUAUUACUUUGCCAUUGUAUCACUAUUCUCUGCAGUUUUUUUGGCAGUUAUUGGUCUUCUGUUAUUAUAUGAUUCUGACUCACUAGAACUACAUGGAAAUAAAUCAGAAAAAGUCAAGCCGUCCUUUAUUUGUGCAGGGAUUUAUUUUUGUAUAUUAAUUAUAAGCAGCAUUACAUUAAUCACAAGCAGUAGAAAAUCGAAAAAAUAUAAGAGCAAAAAUGUAUAA